CUUUCAUAUAGCACUUAAGCAAACAACAACACAAUCCCCCUCUUCUUACUUGCGCGAACUUCCUUCUUCGACUCAUACUUGGCGUGCGCGCUAAGGAUACGCACAUGUAUUUAGUUUGGGAAUGUGGAGCGGGCCCACAGUGAGCACAGCGACAGGAUGGCGGCUGCAGAGGUGGCCGUGCCGCCUGGCGAGCAGGGCGGCGCGGGUCCACAACCGGAAAUUGCAACUCUAGUGUUCAGCGACGGGUCAAAAUACACCGGCACGCUGAAGAACGGCACGCCUCAUGGUCUGGGCACCUGCGUUUGGAAGGACGGGAACCAGUAUGACGGCGAGUGGCGCAACGGCGUCAUGCACGGGUUUGGGACGUACUUGUGGACGUCGGGGCAGCGCUACGACGGAGAGUGGAAGGACGGCAAGCGGGACGGCGUGGGCGUUAAGAUGUACGCGGACGGGUCCACCUUCCACGGCAUCUGGCGGGAUGGCAUGAAGAAUGGCGUGGGGGUGUUCAAACCUGCCGCCAAGGAGAGCAAGGCCAGGCAGCUCAUUAAGACCAGCAGUGGGCGCCUCAUGGGAGUGGCAGGGGGCCUCACGAGCGCGGGGUCCGGCCAAAUCGAGGGCGACAGCGCCCUGAAUCUCAAAGCCUACGAGUCGACACAGACCACCUCGCAGCAGCCGGAGACGCCCAUGCAAGCAGACAUUGGCGCCAAGGAGUCCACACACGGCGCCUUUGCGUCCCUGGCGGGAGCCACCUCCGCCGCCAAUGCCGCGGCGGACAAGGGUGAAAAGGACAAGGGGGACAAGGAGAAGGAGAAGGAGAAGGACGCCAAGGAGCGGGAGAAGGAGCUGGAGCGGGAGGGCAAGCUGCUGUUCAUCCGGGCGUUUGAGGAGGGCGCGCUGAAGCGGGAGGAGAAGCUUAGCAGCGAGGAUGCGAAGAUGAUCUUCGGGCCGCCCCCCAGCCCGGAGGGCGGCGACGGGCGCGGUCGCAAGGCUCGCAAGAAGGUCAAGCGGGCUCUGGGCCUGGGCAAGAAGCUGCAGCAGAAGCACGGCCAGCUGCUGUACAAGGGGAUGCCCGGGUACGACCUGAUGCUCCGGCUGCAGCACGGCAUCCGUUGGAGCAUCGGCCGCGGCUCCUACAUCGCCGACCAGACCGGCCGUGGUGGCGGCGGCACCGUGGGCGGCCCCGGCUCCGGCCCCAGCUCCACCGUGGGCUCGGUGCCUGCCCCGCGGCUCAGCAGCCUGGGUGCGGGCCCGGGCGGCGUGGUGCUGCCGUUGAGUCACGUGCUGCAGCCGGGCGACUUCACACACAAGGACAAAGUGUUCUUCCCCGCGGCCGGAUCCUCCAUCACGCCCGCGCACCCCGCCGGCGACUUCAAGUGGAAGGACUACUCGCCGCGCGUGUUCCGCAACCUGCGCAACAUGUACGGCAUUGCAGACGCGGAUUACAUGCUGAGCCUGGGCGGCAGCAGUGCGCUGUGGCAGCUCAACAGCCCGGGCAAGAGCGGCUGCAUGUUCUUUCUCAGUGACGACGAGAGGUUCCUUGUCAAGACCAUGCGCAAGACGGAGAUCAAGACGCUGCUGGAGCUGCUGCCCAAGUACUACAGCUACAUGGAGGGCCAGCCGCAGAACCUGGUCAUCCGCUUCUUCGGCGUGCACGGCGUGAAGCAGGUGCACGGCCGCACCGUGCGCUUCGUGGUUAUGCACAACAUGUUCAACACAGACCUGCAGAUCCACAAGAAGUUCGACCUCAAGGGCAGCACGGACGGGCGCACCACGGGGCCGCACGUGUCGCCCAACGACCCCAAGACCGUGUUCAAGGACCUGGACCUGGACCUGCAGUUCCUGCUGGACCCCGCGCACCACGCGGCGCUCAUACGGCAGAUCAACAACGACGCCGAGUUCCUGCGCGCCGUCGAGGUGAUGGACUACUCGUUGCUACUGGGGAUACACUUCUGCAGCCGCGCGCGGUUGGCGGCGGCGGAGGCGGCGGCGGCCGAGGGCGGCUCCCACUCGGGGGCGCCGGCUGCGCACAGCGCGGAUGGUGGCGCCGGGUCGCGGAACCACGGCAGCGGCGGCGGCGGCAGCGGCGGCGGCGCAACGAGCGGCAGUGUGCAGCUGCCGGGAGUUGACUCGCACGGGUCCGACGCGGAUGACGCUGCCCAUCGCGUGUCGCCCGCCAGCGGCCGCAACGGCCUCACGCCGACCUCGCCCGGGGCGCACGACCGCGGGCGGCAAGGCAGCGUGACGGGGCCAGGCGGCGGUGGGCCGGGCGGCGGGGAGGACCCAGACGGCGAGCACGUGCGCAACUUCGACCUCUUCUCGGACCGGCCGGACCUGGACAAGCAGCUGCGGCUGUUUGAGGAGCGCAUGAGGGGGCUGGGCUACAGCGAGACACGCAUCGCCGACAUCCUGUCGCUGGCGCGGCUGCGCUUCCUGGGCGACAAGCUCAAGAAGAGGAGCAAGAAGGCCUACAAGGUGUACGACGGCCCCACCACGGUGCUCAAGGCGCUGGCCAGCCGCCGCCACGGCCCCGGCGCCCUCGUAGACGGCUCCCUGCCCCGGCUGGACGAGGUGGAGGAGGCUGCGGGCGCCAGUGACGAGGAGGAGGACCUGGUGGGCGGCGCGGCGGCCAGUGCGGUGGGCGGCGGCCGGGCGGCGGCUGUGCCCCUCAACCUGGGCUACCAGAUGAGGGCGCUGGCGGUGCACACGAAGAGCGACGCGCCGCCGGAGGAGGUCAUCCUGUGCUUCGGCAUCAUCGACAUCUUGCAGGAGUGGAACACGCGAAAGGUAUUUGAGCGCACGUUCAAAAGCUUCACGCACGACGGCUACGCCAUCAGCGUUGCGCCGCCCAAGCUGUACAGCAUCCGGUUCGCAGACUUCCUGACAAAGGCUGUGUUCAUGGACCCGUCGGUGGCGGCCUCCCGCGGAUUGCACCUGCCGCCGCUGUACUCCAGCCUGUACGUGCCCGCUGUCACCACCAUAGAGGAGGAGCGGGACUCGGACUUCAGGCACAGCCGGUAGCAGCCGGGGGCAGCAGCCAGGAGCUUGGUGGAGAAGGAGGAGGAGGAGGAGGAGGAGGAGGAGGAGGAGGAGGAGGAGGAGGAGGAGGAGGAGGAGGCGGAGCAGGAGGAGGAGGAGCAGGAGGAGGAGGAGCGGUGCGCCAGCACUGCAAGCCGCAGCGGCAGAGACAUGAACAGCUGCAGCAGGCACGGUUGCAGUGGGACAGUGGGCACCAGGGCGGACGGCGGAGGCAGGGGUGCGGGGGCUCAGGCAGCUGCGGGAAGGGUGACGAGAGUGAAAGGGAAACGUAGCAUGCGGGUAGGGACUAGAGAGUGGGGCGGUUCAGCCGGGGACUGCGACACCGGGAGCAGUCAACCGAACACGCGCGCGUGUCAGUUAGUGUCAAGCAACGAUGAGCGGGCGAGUAUGCCAGACGGGUUAUAGCCAAGGCAAGCCAGGGCCCCACGAAUGCACUGGCAGUGAGCAUGCUGCAAAGUGGAAGGGACUUCGAGGAUGCGACGAAACAAGUGAAUUGCUGGACUGCGGCUGUGUGACAGACAUUGGGACAGGCCUGAGACUGUGCUUGACUGUGCGUGACAGUGCCCCCUGCUGCGGACUAAGCGAUUAGAACGCCUGUGAGCGGACGAGGCACUAAUGCAGGUGCUGCGAACUGAGAUUCACUGUCCUGUGGGACCGUGGUGGUCAAAGGAAUGGACAUGCGCGUAAGGACGCAUCAAGGACUAUCCGUGUGCUUGUGUGAAGAAGGGACCGUGAAGGGACAGGCCGAACAGCAGCCAUGUGAAAUCAUCCUUCGAACGUAGCAA